UUGGCAGCUAUGCCAGGAUGAAAAUGGUUGUAUUUUAAGCACGAUGUCAUCCCCUGAGCAAAGUGAAAUAAGCCAGAAGGCAAAUGUAGAUAAGUAUGCCCAAUUUGUCUUCAAGUUCCAGAAACCCAUUCAGCCUUACAUCUGCUCAACUCUGAAGGAUUUUCAAGAAGAGAGAGACUUUUUGGCAAACUACAUCUUUCCUCAGCUUAAUGAGCUCUGCAUUUCCCGGGGCACGUAUUUCAAAGCUGUAGACCUGAGGUGUGCGGCGUUGAUGGCCCCGCCGCCCUCAUCCUCCAACCUGUUCAGACAGCAUUCUUGUCUCCACGCCCAACGCCUGAAGCUCUGUCUCGACUACGUGAACAGCUGCUUUCCCUUUCUCAUCUGCAUGCUGGGCCAGACGUACGGGGACUUUCUCCCUGACCAUGUGCCUUUACUGUUCUCCAAAGGAACUGACUUGUCAAGUUUAUCCCCAAUCGAGCAGAAUCUCUAUGUUGCUGCAAAAAAUGGUUAUCCUUGGGUCCUGGAGAAUCCCAACUACAGUUUGACGGAGUUUGAGAUCAUCCAAGCGGCAUUUCUGAAGAAGUCUCAAUUUCAGUAUUUUUACUUUAGGACUGGACCCACGCUGCUGAAGACUUUAGAUGAGGAAAAGGAGAAGCUUCUCUCAGGCUCUCUGAAUGAUGAAGAAAAAUUAAGGGUUGGCAAGCUUAAGGCCAAAAUUAUUAAUAAAGGACUCCCUGUCCGAUUUUAUCAAGACCUCCAUGAGUUGGGUGAGCUGGUUUUCAAAGACUGGUCGGUUGUGAUAAAACAACUUUACCCAGCCACUUUCAUGAUUGAACAUAUGGACUAUAAGCACAGCUUUGAACGUUUCUAUCAUGAAGAGUUUACUGAGAAGUGCAAGCAAGUAUUUGUAAUUUCCAAGGAAUCAAAUAGAAUCUUUGAAAUCUUGGAAAGAUUUGCCUUAAAGGAUGUGGGAUUUGAUUGUAACAGCGCUGCACCUGGUUCCAACUUAGACUCUCUUCUCAGAAUAAAUCCCCUUCCAGUUUACAAGUCCAUUUUGCUCUUGUCUGGAGAACGUGGUUGUGGGAAGUCUACUCUGAUCGCCAACUGGGUGAACGAUUUCAAAAAGAAAUAUCCCAGCAUGUUGAUGAUCCCUCAUUUUGUGGGCAGCACUUGUGAGAGCAGCGACAUCAUGUCCGUGAUACAUUACUUCAUCACAGAAUUGCAGUACGAAAACUACGGUACUCAGCUUGAAACCGAUAUUCUUAACGAAGACUCAAACGUCUUGGUCUUUCCACUUCUUGUGGAAGUCUUCAUUGCUUCCAUCAGUUUAAAGCCCUGUAUACUUGUCCUAGAUGGAAUCGAAGAAUUGAUUGGCAUUUAUGGGAUCUCAGGACAGAAGGCGAAGGAUUUCUCUUGGCUGCCGAGCUCAGUGCCUCCUCAAUGCAAACUUAUCCUGAGCACCGUCUCCUCCAGCCUGUCCUACAAGUCGCUGUGUGCGCGCCCGGAUGUGAGGACCGUGGAGCUCCUGAGCACAGGAGACGACGAGGUGAAACUGAACAUCUUUAGACAGUAUCUCUUCAUUCCCGGCAGAGACCCCCUCCGACAGACCAGACACCCUUCGAGGAAAAGAACAAACCUGAAUCCUUUAAAACUCACGAUCCUAGCAAAUGAGCUGAGAGAAUGUAGAAUCUACCGAGACGAGUACCAGUGUCUGAAGGAGUACUUGGAGGUGGUCUCCAUUCAGGAGCUCUGGGAACUGAUUCUGAAACGCUGGAUUGAAGACUACAGCUGGACUUUAAUGCCAAAAAGGGCCAAUUCGGACACCGUGGCUUCAGGAGAAGCGCUGGAUGGCUGGGUGGCUGAUGCUCUGUGCUUACUGAGCAUCUCACAUUGUGGACUGACCGAGGUUGAGAUAUUCCAGAUUUUGGACAUGCUGGGCUACAGGGAUCAUUACAAAGUGACCACGUUGCACUGGGCUGCCUUCCGCAACGCCACCAGACAGUGGGUGCAGGAGAAGCCCAACGGCCUCCUGUACUUCAGGCACCAGUCCCUGCGGAAUGCUGUGGAGCACAAGCUUCUGGGUGUGCUCACUCCCGUCCGAGAAAGCAGUCCGUACACCUUUCAGAACCCAGCGAAUCACAGGAAGACGCAUUUCCACCGAGUCUUAGCCCGAUACUUCCAGCGGCAGACGGCUUUCUGGAGAGUGUACGGGGAGCUGCCGUGGCACAUGAGAAUGAGCGGCUCCUGGGGCGACCUGUGCAGCUUCCUCUCAAGCCCCAGUAUCACAGACUUUCUAUCAAAGAUCCGAAACCCAAGCUUCUGGACAAGGCUGCACCUCAUCUACUACUGGAACGUGUUAUCAAAAGUUGGAUAUGAUGCUGCCGAGGCCUACUUGUUCACAGUGGCCAAGAUUAAAGCCGACAAAUGCCAUAAAGUGAAGAAGAGAAACACACUCUCAGUGCUGGAGUGCAGGCUUUUUGAGGUUACCACCACUGACAAAUGCCGAUUAAUGUUCUUUAUUGCAAAAUUUCUGAAGCUCAUGGGCAAGACCAGAGAAGCAGAAGAGCUGUUCUUGAGUGUCGAGAACAUACUCAUGCAGAGUCGGGCCUCGACAGAGAUGCUUCUCAGAGUACAGAACACCACUGGAGAACUCUACCUUGAAAUAGGGAUGACUCAGGAGGGCUUCCAGUACUUCCAGAAAGCAUGGUCCAACCUGAUGGAGUUUCCACCCAGCUCCAUAAAAGACAACCAGGCCUUCCUGAAGCAGAAAGGCAGAGUGCUGAACAACCUGGCAAAGUCAGCCACUGAGAAGUACUUAAAAGAAAAUCACAUUUUGGAACGCGCUGCUGAAAUUUCCAGCUCAUUGGACAACAACCCCCGUGAUCAGGCUACCAUGAAAUACACCGAAGGUGUUCUGAUAUUUGUUGCUGGAAACACGUCUCUUGCAAAAACGAGAUUUCAAGAAUGCUUAAAUAUCAGGAGAAGUUUAUUUGAUUCCAAAGGAAGCAAGCAAUUGAAUAUUAUAAACAAGUGAUACAAAUAAAGGAAAAUGCGGGG